CGGCCCGGCCCGGCCCCCCUGGCCCUCGGGGCCGGCGAGCUCCACGCUCGGCGUCGUCGCUGCUGCGCCUCCGCUUGUCCGCUGCGCGAUGUGAGGCGGCCCCGGCGCCAGUCUGGCUCUCGGCUCGGCUGAGCUCAGUGUGGCCAUUAGGGGCCGGUGCGGCAGCGGCGGCGCGGAGCGCAGCGGCAGGAGCAGGAGGAGGAGGGCGGCUCUCAGGGUGGGGGCGCAGGCCCGGGAGGGGGCACCGGGAGGAGGUGAGUGUCUCUGGUCGCCUCCUCCUCUCCCCCUUUUUCGCCCCCGCCUCCUUGUGGCGAUGAGAAGGAGGAGGACAGCGCCGAGGAGGAAGAAGCUGAUGGCGGCGGCGGAGCUCCGAGAGACCUCGGCUGGGCAGGGGCUCGCCGUGGCGGGCUGGGGACUGCGUCUGUAGAGCUGUGAGUUCCCGAGAAUUCGCUGCAGCGGACGUGCUCGUGGGAUCAGUGUUGCUGUACCCUCCUCCCGGCCUGGUUUAGGCCCGGCCCCUCGCACUUGCCCCUACCAUUUCUGUUGAGUCCGCAUCCCUCUCCGGCCACCGCAACCAGGCGAAGAGAAAAAGGAACUUCCCCCCACCCCUCUUGGGUGGCGGCGGAGCUCCGGAGCCCACCCUUUGGAGCGGGGCGGGGACCCCGUUUCGGAGAAGAGAUUUCCUCAGGAUUCUCGUUUUUUUCCUCCGCUGUAUCUCCGAAAGAAUUAAAAAUGGCCGAGAAUGUGGUGGAACCCGGGCCGCCUUCAGCCAAGCGGCCUAAACUCUCAUCUCCGGCCCUCUCGGCGUCCGCCAGCGAUGGCACAGAUUUUGGUUCACUGUUUGACCUGGAACAUGACUUACCAGAUGAAUUAAUCAACUCUACAGAAUUGGGACUAACCAAUGGUGGCGAUAUCAGUCAGCUUCAGACAAGUCUUGGAAUAGUACAAGACGCAGCCUCGAAACAUAAACAGCUGUCAGAACUGCUGAGGUCUGGUAGCUCCCCUAACCUCAACAUGGGAGUCGGUGGCCCAGGCCAAGUGAUGGCCAGCCAGGCCCAACAGAACAGCCCUGGAUUAAGUUUGAUAAAUAGCAUGGUCAAAAGCCCAAUGGCGCAGACAGGCUUGACUUCUCCUAACAUGGGGAUUGGCAGUAGUGGACCAAAUCCGGGUCCUACUCAGUCCCCAGCAGGUAUGAUGAACAGUCCAGUGAACCAGCCUGCCAUGGGAAUGAACACAGGGAUGAAUGCUGGCAUGAAUCCUGGAAUGUUAGCUGCAGGCAAUGGACAAGGGAUAAUGCCCAAUCAAGUCAUGAAUGGUUCCAUUGGAGCAGGCCGGGGACGGCCAAACAUGCAGUACCCAAAUGCAGGCAUGGGCAAUGCUGGCAGUUUAUUGACUGAGCCACUACAGCAGGGCUCUCCUCAGAUGGGAGGACAACCAGGAUUGAGAGGCCCCCAACCACUUAAGAUGGGAAUGAUGAACAAUCCCAGUCCUUAUGGUUCACCAUACACUCAAAAUUCUGGACAGCAGAUUGGAGCAAGUGGCCUUGGUCUCCAAAUUCAGACAAAGACUGUUCUACCAAAUAACUUAUCUCCAUUUGCAAUGGACAAAAAGGCAGUUCCUGGUGGGGGAAUGCCCAGUAUGGGCCAGCAGCCUGCCCCAUCCGUCCAGCAGCCAGGUCUGGUGACUCCAGUUGCCGCAGGGAUGGGUUCUGGAGCACACACAGCUGAUCCAGAGAAGCGCAAGCUCAUCCAGCAGCAGCUUGUUCUCCUCUUACACGCUCACAAGUGCCAGCGCCGGGAGCAGGCUAAUGGGGAAGUGAGACAGUGCAACCUUCCCCACUGCCGUACCAUGAAAAAUGUCCUAAACCAUAUGACACAUUGCCAGUCAGGCAAAUCCUGCCAAGUGGCACAUUGUGCAUCUUCUCGACAAAUCAUUUCACACUGGAAAAAUUGCACAAGGCAUGAUUGUCCUGUGUGUCUUCCUCUCAAAAAUGCUGGGGAUAAGCGAAAUCAACAGUCAAUUUUGACUGGAGCACCAGUUGGGCUUGGAAACCCUAGCUCUCUAGGAGUGGGGCAGCAGUCCACUCCUAGUCUAAGCACUGUUAGUCAGAUUGACCCCAGCUCUAUAGAGCGAGCUUACGCUGCUCUUGGACUACCCUAUCAAGUAAACCAGAUUCCACCACAACCCCAGGUACAAGCAAAGAAUCAACAAAGCCAGCCAUCUGGACAGUCUCCCCAGGGCAUGCGGUCUAUGAACAACAUGAGUGCUAGUCCUAUGGGUGUAAAUGGAGGUGUUGGGGUUCAGACGCCAAAUCUUCUUUCUGACUCCAUGUUGCAUUCAACUAUAAAUUCUCAAAACCCAAUGAUGAGUGAAAAUGCCAGUGUAGCCUCCCUGGGUCCUUUGCCAACAGCAGCUCAGCCAUCUAGUACUGGAAUUCGAAAACAGUGGCAUGAAGAUAUUACUCAGGAUCUUCGAAACCACCUUGUUCAUAAACUUGUUCAAGCCAUAUUUCCCACUCCGGAUCCUGCUGCUUUAAAAGACCGACGGAUGGAAAAUCUUGUUGCAUAUGCUCGUAAAGUAGAAGGGGACAUGUAUGAAUCUGCAAACAAUAGAGCGGAAUACUAUCACCUCCUAGCCGAGAAGAUCUAUAAGAUCCAGAAGGAACUAGAAGAGAAACGAAGGACUAGACUACAGAAACAGAACAUGCUACCAAAUGCUCCUGGCAUGGGUCCAGUGCCUAUGAAUACUGGGUCGAACAUGGGGCAGCAACCAACAGGAAUGACUACCAAUGGUCCUGUACCUGACCCGUCUAUGAUCCGUGGCAGUGUGCCGAACCACAUGAUGCCUCGGAUGACUCCACAGCCUGGUUUGAAUCAAUUUGGGCAGAUGAAUAUGCCACAGCCCCCUAUUGGACCUCGGCAACCCUCUCCUCUUCAGCACCAUGGACAAUUGGCUCAGUCUGGGUCACUCAAUCCGCCUAUGGGCUAUGGACCUCGCAUGCAGCAGGCUUCCGGCCAGAACCAGUUCCUCUCCCAGACUCAGUUUACAUCCCAAGGAAUGAAUGUAACAAACAUGCCUUUGGCUCCAUCCAGCGGUCAAGUACCAGUGUCUCAAGCACAAAUGUCCAGUUCUUCUUGCCCAGUGAACUCUCCUGUAAUGCCUCCAGGGUCUCAAGGGAGCCACAUUCACUGUCCUACUCUGCCUCAACAAGCUCAUCAGAAUUCACCUUCUCCUGUUCCUAGCCGCACCCCUACUCCUCAUCAUACCCCCCCAAGCAUAGGGACUCAACCACCACCAGCAACAGCAAUCCCACCACCUGUUCCUACACCUCCUGCCAUACCACCUGGACCACAGCCCCCGUCUCUGCAUCCCUCAUCUAGACAAACACCUACACCACCAACACAUCUGCCUCCCCAAGUGCAGCCUUCACUUCCUGCUGCUCCUUCUGCUGACCAGUCCCAGCAACAGCCUCGGUCACAGCAGAGCACAGCAGUUUCUGUUCCUACCCCAACAGCACCAUUGCUGCCUCCUCAGCCUUCCACUCCGCUUUCUCAGCCAGCUGUGAGCAUUGAAGGCCAGGUAUCAAACCCUCCAUCUACUAGUAGCACAGAAGUGAAUUCUCAGACUAUUCCUGAGAAGCAGCCUUCACAGGAAGUGAAAAUGGAGGCUAAAAUGGAGGUGGAGCAGCCAGAACCAGCAGAUACUCAACCUGAUGAUACAAAGGAGGCUAAAGCUGAGGAUGUUAAAGUAGAACCUACAGAAAUAGAGGAGAGAGGCCCUGAGUUAAAAACUGAAGGGAAAGAGGAGGAAGACCAGCCAAGCACCUCUGCUACCCAGUCCUCCCCAGCUCCUGGACAGUCGAAGAAGAAGAUGUUCAAACCAGAAGAGUUACGGCAGGCUCUGAUGCCAACAUUGGAGGCUCUUUACCGGCAGGACCCGGAGUCUCUUCCCUUUCGUCAGCCUGUGGACCCGCAGCUUCUAGGAAUCCCUGAUUACUUUGAUAUUGUGAAGAGCCCCAUGGAUCUUUCUACAAUCAAGAGGAAGUUAGAUACUGGACAAUACCAAGAGCCCUGGCAAUAUAUAGAUGAUAUUUGGCUUAUGUUCAACAAUGCCUGGUUAUAUAACCGUAAAACUUCAAGGGUAUACAAAUACUGCUCCAAACUUUCUGAAGUAUUUGAACAAGAAAUUGACCCUGUCAUGCAAAGCCUUGGAUACUGUUGUGGCAGAAAGUUGGAGUUUUCUCCACAGACUCUAUGUUGCUAUGGGAAACAAUUAUGCACAAUCCCCCGUGAUGCUACUUACUACAGUUACCAGAACAGGUAUCAUUUCUGUGAGAAGUGUUUCAAUGAAAUCCAAGGGGAGAGCGUUUCUUUGGGUGAUGACCCUUCCCAACCUCAGACUACAAUAAAUAAAGAACAGUUUUCCAAGAGAAAAAAUGACACACUGGAUCCUGAACUGUUUGUUGAGUGCACAGAGUGUGGAAGAAAGAUGCACCAGAUCUGUGUCCUUCACCACGAAAUCAUCUGGCCAUCUGGGUUUGUCUGUGAUGGCUGUUUAAAGAAAACUGCACGAACUAGGAAAGAAAAUAAGUUUUCUGCUAAAAGAUUGCCAUCUACCAGACUUGGGACCUUUCUGGAGAAUCGAGUGAAUGACUUUCUGAGGCGACAAAAUCACCCUGAAUCAGGAGAGGUCACUGUUCGGGUUGUUCAUGCUUCUGACAAAACUGUGGAGGUGAAACCAGGCAUGAAAGCAAGGUUUGUAGAUAGUGGAGAGAUGGCAGAAUCUUUUCCAUACCGAACAAAGGCCCUGUUUGCCUUUGAAGAAAUUGAUGGUGUUGACUUGUGUUUCUUCGGCAUGCACGUUCAGGAAUAUGGCUCUGACUGCCCCCCUCCCAACCAGAGGAGGGUAUACAUAUCUUACCUCGAUAGUGUUCAUUUCUUCCGUCCUAAAUGCUUGCGGACUGCAGUCUAUCAUGAAAUUCUAAUUGGAUAUUUGGAAUAUGUCAAGAAAUUAGGAGCACUGACUGCUCAUUUAGAGGUCCUGAGUUCAAUUCCCAGCAACCAUAGGGUGGCUCACAACCAUCUGUAAUGGGAGGAUCUGAUGCCUUCUUCUGGUUUCUGAAGACAGCUACAGUGUACUUACAGACAUAAAUAAACCUUUAUAAAAGAAAAAAUUUUAAUCCUGGGGAUUUUUUUACAGGAUAUUUUAAAACAAGCUACUGAAGAUCGAUUAACAAGUGCAAAGGAACUACCCUACUUUGAAGGUGAUUUCUGGCCCAAUGUUCUGGAAGAAAGCAUCAAGGAGCUUGAACAGGAAGAGGAAGAGAGGAAACGGGAAGAGAAUACCAGCAACGAGAGUACUGAUGUAACAAAAGGAGACAGCAAAAAUGCUAAGAAGAAGAAUAACAAGAAAACCAGCAAAAACAAGAGCAGCCUGAGUAGGGGCAAUAAGAAGAAGCCUGGUAUGCCCAAUGUGUCUAAUGACCUUUCUCAGAAACUGUAUGCCACCAUGGAAAAGCAUAAAGAGGUCUUCUUUGUGAUCCGCCUCAUCGCUUGUCCUGCUCCCAAUUCCCUGCCUCCCAUUGUUGAUCCUGACCCUCUCAUCCCCUGUGACCUGAUGGACGGCAGAGAUGCAUUCCUCACCCUUGCAAGGGACAAGCACCUGGAAUUCUCUUCACUUCGAAGAGCCCAGUGGUCUACCAUGUGCAUGCUGGUGGAGCUCCAUACACAGAGUCAGGAUCGCUUUGUCUACACCUGCAACGAGUGCAAGCACCACGUGGAGACACGCUGGCAUUGCACUGUGUGUGAGGAUUAUGACCUGUGCAUCACUUGUUAUAACACUAAAAAUCAUGACCACAAAAUGGAGAAACUAGGCCUCGGCUUGGAUGAUGAGAGCAAUAACCAGCAAGCUGCAGCUACCCAGAGCCCAGGAGACUCCCGCCGCCUGAGCAUCCAACGCUGCAUCCAGUCUCUGGUGCAUGCCUGUCAGUGCCGCAACGCCAACUGCUCCCUGCCUUCCUGCCAGAAGAUGAAGAGGGUUGUGCAGCACACCAAAGGCUGCAAACGGAAAACCAAUGGUGGAUGCCCCAUUUGCAAACAGCUUAUUGCCCUCUGCUGCUAUCAUGCCAAGCACUGCCAGGAGAACAAGUGCCCAGUGCCAUUCUGCCUCAACAUCAAGCAAAAGCUCCGGCAGCAACAGCUGCAGCACCGGCUCCAACAGGCUCAGAUGCUCCGCAGGAGGAUGGCCAGCAUGCAACGAACUGGUGUGGCAGGGCAGCAGCAGGGCCUGCCGUCCCCAACUCCUGCUACUCCAACUACCCCUACUGGCCAACAGCCAGCCACCCCACAGACACCCCAGCCCCAACCCACCUCUCAACCACAGCCCACUCCUCCCAACAACAUGACACCCUACUUACCCAGGACUCAGACUACUGGCCCUGUGUCCCAGGGUAAGGCAGCAGGCCAGGUGACCCCACCCACCCCACCUCAGACUGCUCAGGCCCCCCUUCCAGGGCCUCCACCUGCAGCAGUAGAAAUGGCAAUGCAAAUUCAGAGGGCAGCAGAGACACAGCGCCAGAUGGCCCAUGUACAGAUUUUCCAAAGGCCAAUCCAGCACCAGAUACCCCAGAUGACACCCAUGGCCCCUAUGGGCAUGAACCCACCUCCUAUGGCCAGAGGUCCUGGUGGGCAUUUGGAUCCAGGAAUAGGUCCAGCAGGAAUGCAGCAACAGCCGCCUUGGGCCCAAGGAGGAAUGCCUCAGCCCCAGCAGAUGCAGUCAGGGAUGCCAAGGCCAGCCAUGAUGUCAGUGGCCCAGCAUGGUCAGCCUUUGAACAUGGCUCCACAACCAGGAUUGGGCCAAGUGGGUGUGAGCCCUCUCAAGCCAGGCACUGUGUCUCAACAAGCCUUACAAAGCCUUUUGCGGACUCUCAGGUCUCCCAGUUCUCCCUUACAGCAGCAACAGGUGCUUAGUAUCCUUCAUGCCAACCCCCAACUGUUGGCUGCAUUCAUCAAGCAGCGGGCUGCCAAGUAUGCCAACCCUAAUUCACAGCCUCUCCCUGGACAGCCUGGCAUGCCCCAGGGACAGCCAGGGCUGCAGCCACCUACCAUGCCUGGCCAGCAAGGUGUCCACUCCAACCCAGCCUUGCAGAACAUGAAUCCUCUGCAGGCAGGUGUCCAGAGAGCUGGCCUGCCCCAGCAGCAGCCACAGCAGCAGCUCCAGACACCCAUGGGAGCAAUGAGUCCCCAAGCUCAGCAAAUGAACAUGAAUCACAAUACCAUGCCUUCGCAGUUCAGAGACAUCUUAAGACGGCAGAUGAUGCAACAGCAGGGAGCAGGGCCAGGAAUCGGCCCUGGAAUGGCCAACCACAACCAGUUCCAGCAGCCCCAAGGAAUUGGCUAUCCACCCCAGCAGCAGCAGCAACAGCAGCGAAUGCAGCAUCACAUGCAGCAAAUGCAGCAAGGAAAUAUGGGACAAAUGGGUCAGCUUCCCCAGGCUCUGGGGGCUGAGGCAGGAGCCAGUCUACAGGCCUAUCAGCAGCGACUUCUUCAACAACAGAUGGGGUCUCCUGCUCAGCCCAAUCCUAUGAGCCCACAGCAGCACAUGCUCCCAAAUCAGGCACAGUCCCCACACCUACAAGGUCAACAAAUCCCUAAUUCUCUCUCCAAUCAAGUGCGCUCUCCCCAACCUGUCCCUUCUCCUCGACCACAGUCUCAGCCCCCCCAUUCCAGCCCAUCUCCGAGGAUGCAGCCUCAGCCUUCUCCACACCAUGUUUCUCCACAGACCAGUUCCCCACAUCCUGGACUGGUAGCUGCCCAGGCUGCCAACCCUAUGGAACAAGGGCAUUUUGCUAGCCCAGACCAGAAUUCAAUGCUUUCACAGCUCGCUAGCAAUCCAGGCAUGGCAAACCUCCACGGGGCAAGUGCCACGGACCUGGGACUGAGCAGCGAUAAUGCAGACUUGAAUUCAAACCUCUCACAGAGUACACUAGACAUACACUAGAGACACCUUGUAGUAUUUUGGGAGCAAAAGAUUAUUUUCUCUUAACAAGACUUUUUGUACUGAAAACAAUUUUUUUGAAUCUUUCUUAGCCUAAAAGACCCAUUUUCCUUGGAACAUGUAAGAACUGUGCAGUAGCCAUUUAUGGUUUAAAGUAAACAUGCCAGAUGAACCUGAGGGAUAAUUACAAAGAAUAUAUUUUUGUUAUGGCUGGUUACCCCAGCACUUUCCCCUUGUGUGUGUGGUUCAAGUGUGCACUGGGAGGCAACUGAGGUCUGAAGCCAACCAUAUGCUCCUGCCUUGCACCUCCGAUAGGUUUUAUUAUUUUUUUUAAAUUAAUGAAAAUAUGUAAUAUUAAUAGUUAUUAUUUACUGGUGCAGAUGGUUGACAUUUUUCCCUAUUUUCCUCACUUUAUGAAAGAAUUUAAAUAAAAAAAAAGAACAUUUCUAAAACCAGAGGACAAAAGGGGUUAAUGUUACGUAAAAUUACAUUAUAUAUAUAUAUAUAUAUAAGUAUAUAUAAAUAUAUUAAAAUACCAAUUUUUUUCUCUGGGUGCAAAGAUGUUCAUUCUUUUAAAAACAUUUAAAAAAUAAAAUAAAAAGCCUCCUCUUUCCAUCCCUCAAGUCAACUUUUGUGCUCCAGAAAAUUUUCUAUUCCGUAAGUCUAAGGGUAAAACUUCAAGUAUUAAGAUAAUUUGUACAUGUAGAGAAAAAAAAAUGACUUUUUCAUAAUAUACAGGGGCAGCUGCCAAAUUGAUGUAUUAUAAUAUUGUGGUUUCUGUUUCUUGAGAAAAAUUUUUUGUUAUUUUUACAUCUAACAGAGGAAAAAAAAUUAAAAAGAGGGUAAGAAAUGACUCCAGUGGGGUGAUUUUAACAUGCAAAUGUUUGAGGUUUCUUCACUUGCUUUCUUCCUUACUCUGCCCCACACACGUACACUUUCUGUAAAACUUGAAAAUAGAAAGCAAAAACCCUCAACUGUUGUAAAUCAUGCAAUUAAGGUUGAUUACUUAUAAAUAUGAACUUUGGAUCACUGUAUAGACUGUUAAAUUUGAUUUCUUAUUACCUAUUGUUAAAUAAACUGUGUGAGACAGAC